GCCGCCUGGGCACCGCGCCCCUGAGCCCCGGCAUUCCCGGGGAUCGCAGAGCCGAGCACUGGGGCGCCGCCCCACCCAGAGCACCCGAGUCCCACCCGCAGCUUCAAUGGGUACCUGAUCCCCUGCUGUUGUUGCCUCUGUAUAUAAAACCUAGACAUUCUGUUGUGUCGAUUUUCCAGCCCGCAAUUUCUGCUGAUGCUGUCAUGGAAAAGCAAGGCCAACUCCUUCUUAAGCCCUGGACUGGAUUUUGACUUUUAAAACUUCUGCUCAUUCCCCCCACUUUUGCAGAGAUGUCUGAAGCUGGCCCUUCAUCUGGAUUUGCUGGGAGUGUGGAGAAUGGAACUUUCCUUGAGCUGUUUCCCACAUCGCUGUCCACAUCAGUGGAUGCAACCUCAGGCCACCUGUCCAGCGUCUACAUCUAUGUGUCCAUAUUCCUGAGCCUUCUAGCAUUCCUGCUUUUGCUGUUAAUCAUUGCUCUCCAGAGGCUCAAAAAUAUCAUUUCCUCCAGUUCAUCCUAUCCAGAGUAUCCAAGUGAUGCUGGAAGUUCCUUCACCAACUUAGAAGUCUGUAGCAUUUCCUCUCAAAGGUCUACAUUUUCAAACCUUUCAUCCUGAUGAAAACAGAAGAAUCCUGACAGGGACAGCAAUUUUGGUUUCUUUUUUUAAUGGAAAGUGUUACUUCAUGCCCAAAAUGACCUCUUUGGAAAGAGCCGUUUUUCCUCUUCAUCUUUGAUUUCUUUUUCUCUGCUCAUGAUUAUUUCAUUUGUGUAAGUGGCCAGUGCUGGAAAAAAAAUGCUUGUAAACUUUGAGGUGCAGAAUUUCAUAUGAACCCCUUGGCCAUCUUGGAGCUUGCUUCUUCGGCACCGGGUGCUGUGUAGUUGGACACCACGGACCCAGCUGAGAAAGGCCCUCGGGAGAUGCUGGAUAUGGACAGCGCACAGUCUCACUUAAGAAGCGUGAGACCCACAGAGUCAGCAGAAACUGGUGAAAUUAUUUAUUUAGAAGGCAUUUUUGGUACUCAAAAGAUAAAGCAGGGUCAUUAAAUUAAAAAUAAAAGAAUUGAAUUAGCUUUAACAUAUAACAUUUCCAAAGCUGGUGGUUAAAAAUAUGCUAAAUGUUUUCUUUAAGAACACCUUUUAACAAAUGAAAAUGACAAUGCCUUUAUGCACAGAAAUCAUUUGGAAAAGGUUUAAAAGAGUUCAACUUUUCAAUUGCAAGAGAAGAAUGUGUCACCUGCAGUUUGUAAUGCUUCUCUGUCUCCUGAGGUUUCUUUGUGCUGAUGUUACCCUCGCUCUGCCCACCCCACCCCAUGUGGAAAUUUUUGUGAUAAUUACUGUUGCUGCUACAACAAGCACCAAAAAAGAGACAUAGGUAGUUUUUAUUUCAUAUCCAUAAUUUCCAUCAGGGGGAAUUAACAUAGAGAAAUAUCCACUUAGUUGUAUUUUAUACCGUAGUGACACUCAGCCGCUAUAUGUGUUCCUUCUUUCGGUUUCAAUCUCUCAAACUUUAUUGAAGAACAUUAUCUCUAAGGACUUAGAGAUGUUUGCUCACUCAUGUUAGUUUGCAAAUCUUAGAGACUACAUUGCUUGUCUUUGUGCCACUCUAUACCCUGUGAAUGUGACAUGUCUCUGAUAAUUACUUGCUGUGUGUUGACAUAAUAUUCUGCACAAGGAUUCCAGGGUGCAGAUCCGGAGAUAAGAAUAUAAGAAUCACAGCCACUACAGUUGGUUGGCUACAGAUGCUGCUGUAAUUCCGGAAGCUUGUAUGCUGCACUCUUCCAUGGGCGUCCGGGGGGCGAGGCACACCUGUGAGCACACAGGGAGUCAAGCGGAGCGACAGCUUCUUAACAGUAAGAGUUUAACUUGAGAACAGUCUGCAGAGUAAAAGCACAGCACUUAACCUAUGAGAGCCACUGUGCCGACAUACGAGUCUUCCCAUGACAACUCAAUUUUCCCUGUGAAAAGCAUUUAAUAAUCGUACAUGGCAGAGCCUCGACAUAUCCUGUGGUUGGAUGGUGCAGGCAGCAUCUGCUGUGGACUGGAAUGGGAGGAAGAUUCCACCAGUUUUAGAGUCUGUCAUUGUCAUUCAAGAAUGCUGAGAGCUGGGAAUGGCAAUGAGGGUCCAAAGGCACCUUCUUUUUGAUCCGGGAGCUUCAAUCUACAUUUAUUACUUAUAUAUCAAAACAUCUACAGGUACCAUAAGACCAGCACAGAGUCGCUGCCCUAAAAUGUGUAGCUUGUGAAAAGCUCGCCUUUGCUGCUGUUUAAAGUGACCCUAGGUUAAGUGUAUAUGUAGUGUAAAAGAGAGAAGUUCUAUUUUAGAUUGUUAUUACCAUUCUCUGAGUCUAUGUAUUGAUGUGUACAUAUAGGAAUACAUGUAUUGUGUGCAUACAUGUACCAUACACACAUACUCACAUGUUUCCAGGUAAAAUUUGUGUGACAUCUAUACAGGAUUACAGUAACAUCUAUACCACCUCUGCUCUUUUUAUUAUUCUUGUGAUGUUCGGACUAAUUAAGGGAAAAAGAAUGGUGAAAUGAUUGAAAAAUACAAGGGUAAGCAUCCCAAAUAACAAGACAUUCUGAUCAGGACCUGUCCUGGGGAGGGAUGCCUUCUUAUCUGUGAGAGAUACAAAAACUUCUGAUGCCAAAACUACUUAAGUCAAAUCCAGUCACCUUUGCAAUUCCCUCUCUUCCCACACAUAGGUUUUAAUCUCAACAGUAAGUAGAUUAGGAGCAAUAUCCAAAGAUGGGAAAUGGGAUUUGCCAUUACAAAAUUGUGAAGCCAACAGAGUGUACAACCUGAGAUGAAUCAGUGUUUUGAAAGUUCAGAAAGGAUGGAAGAUGGAUUUAUAAAUAAAGAGGCAGAGUCUCCUUGAAACUUGGUUUCUUCUCUCAUAUUUUUCUUUUCACUGAUCUGACCUGCCAUCUCUGUCUUAGAGAAAAAGCUUUCCCUAGGAAUUGUAAGUAUAACUAAUUACUAUGUAUCUAUAAUAUGCAAAUAUAGAAUGUCUAUAUUUCUGUGUCAUGCAUACAUAUGCACAUGUUCAUAUGCUUUUCUCUGAAGUAAGAGCAACACUGUUAUGACCCACACGUAAGUCUCUCCUCACCCCCUCUGGGGCUGUAAGUGAGCAUCAAUUUCCCUGAUACAAGGAAUCAUGUAGAUGAUUGGAAAAUAUAUAGGCUGCCAUGCUACCUGCCUCCCCACCCCCUUGGCACACAUGAGCACACAAACCAGGCCUCCAGGAUGGAGCAAGAGGAAAGAUGCUGAUGAGGAAUAGGCAAGACCCCCCUCUCUGCCACAAGUACACCCCAGUAGUGAGCCAGUAUACAGCUCACGUGCACUUCAGAAGAGGCCUUUCCUCACAGCCAUGACCUGUAGAACUGCACUUCUCCAAUCUGGGUAUCCCCCUAUCUACCCAGCUCAUAAUGCUACUGUGACUUCCUGUCACGCUGGAGUCUGGACUCCAGACCACCUUCCUAGCUACUGGAAACUGCUGUGAUUGGGAUGGGACCUGUGGAAGAGCGACAUGAGCAAGGUCCUGUUGCUCUCUCCCGUCACCGUCACAGCUCUUGGUUCCCACAACUCCACUUUCACAAGAUAAAGGGCAUGUAGCAGACUAUGUUAGACGACUGGGGAGAUUUAUACAAGGAGUUUCAAGGGUGUACUUUGUGUACUACGUAAGACUCUCCCAUGAUCCAAAGGGAAAAAUGAGGACAUGGUUAGAAGGUCAGAUGUUCAAGAAGUGCCAGCUUGGACUUGCUGCCCUGCCUGGAAGUCUGCUUCAGCUUCCAUCCAAUGCCAGCUCCCAACUUCCUGUUGUCUGUCAGACAGUCCCUUGGGUCUGUCUCCACUCUGCCGUUGCACAGGACCUCAGUCCCCAGAGAGUCAGGAUUCAAGCUAGCCCUCUCUAGGCUGUCUGUGGACUGGGGACAACUGGAGAGCUGGGGAGGGAGACCAGCAGAGGUAUCCAGGAGGAGCAUGGGACUCCCUGUCCAGCUGUGUUCAACAGCUCCCAGCACUGAGGACAAGUGUGCUUCCUGCUUAUCCAGUGGUGGCUCUGGAAAGUGAAAUGUAUGUCUGUGUGCAUGAAUGCACACACGUGUGAACAUAAAUUAACACACAUUGUCCUACACACACACACAUUUCCCAAGAAUAAAGAAUUCUCAGUGUGCUGACA